AUGCCAAAUGCAAAAGCAAAACCUCCAGUUCUUACUUGGGAUGAUUUUGUUAAAGAAUUUCAUAUGAAGUAUGUUCCUCCUGCUUAUUGUGAUGCUAAGAAAAAAGAGUUUUUAAAUCUAAGGCAACGAGGCAUGUCUAUUGCUGAGUAUCAACAAAAAUUUCUUAGACUCUCUCGUUAUGCUAGAGAUAUUAUUACCGAUGAAAAAGAUAAAUGUAGGAGGUUUGAAGAUGGCCUAAAUGAUUCCAUCAGAAAGAAUGUGGCAAUCCUGCAACAUGAGAACUUUUGUAAAUUAGUUUUUGCUGCUUUCACUUGGGAAAGACUUGAUAAGGAAGAAGGUAGUAGACAUGAGAAUAGAUUCCGAAAGCCUAGGUCAGAUUUUGGAGGUCCAUCCAAGAAGGGAAGGUUUGAUGAUUCUAAGGUUGGUAGUGUCAACAGGUCAGAUCAACAGAAGCAAAGCAGACUAAAUUUUUCUACAGCUAGUACCCCGAGUUAUAGCCAAGGCAAGACUCGCAUUCCCACUUGUGCAGAAUAUGGAAAGAAUCACUAUGGUGCUUGCAGGAGAGCUUCUGGUGCAUGUUUUAAUUGUGGCAGCUUUGAUCAUAAAGUGAGGGACUGUCCUAAGCCUAAAAAUGUCCCUUCCUUGCAUACUGAGGGCUCGGUUCAGAAGUCUUCUAAUAAUCGUCCUCAAACCAAUAAAGGUGCAAGGCCUAAAAACAACCAAGCAGCGGGGACAAGUGGAGCAACUCAAGCUAGCGGGUCCAGAGCUACUGUACGAGCUUAUGCUAUGAGGCAGAGAGAUGAUCAAGAGGGACAGGACGUGGUUGUUGGUAAAUUUCACUUAUAUGGCUUAUCUGUGUUUACACUAUUUGAUCCUGGCUCUACACAUUCCUAUAUUUGUUCAUCACUUGUUCUUCCUGAAAAUGUGAAAUCUGUGAGACUUAACUUUGACGUUCUAGUUGAAAGUCCUUUGGGUUACCAAGUUGUUUUGUUUCCAGAAAAUCUUCCUGGGUUACCACCAGAAAGAGAAGUUGAAUUUCCGAUCGAGCUCAUUGCUGGAUCUACUCCUAUUUCUAUCACUCCUUAUAGAAUGGCACCAGCAGAAUUAAGGGAAUUGAAAACUCAAUUGCAAGAACUUCUUGAGAAAGGUUUUAUUCGUCCAAGUAUUUCUCCUUGGAGAGCCCCUCUGAAGGGUGCCAAUUUGUUCUCAAAGAUUGAUUUAAGGUCUGGGUAUCACCAACUGCGUGUUAGAAAGGAAGAUGUUCCUAAAACUGCUUUUAGAACUCGAUACGGUCAUUAUGAAUUCUUAGUGAUGCCAUUUAGAUUGACUAAUGCUCCUGCAAUAUUCAUGGAUUUAAUGAAUCGAAUAUUUAGGCAUUACCUUGAUCAAUUUGUGGUAGUCUUUAUAGAUGAUAUUUUAAUAUAUUCCAAGAGUAAAGAAGAGCAUGAUAAACAUCUCCGGAUUGUUUUGCAAGCUUUGAAGGAGAAGGAACUUUAUGCUAAGCUUUCAAAGUGUGAAUUUUGGCUUAAUGAAGUAGCUUUUCUGGGACAUGUUGUGUAA